AUGCAGUUUCAAAAAUGGCCAUUUCUUCUCACGGGAGUGAGUCUGUGCAUUCAAUCCAUCGAAGCAGCGUAUACUACGCACAACUUGACAAUCAGUGGGCGUACAAAUCUACGUGAAGACGUUGCGAAUGAAUUCCUUGCCUGUCUUAAUGCCACAAAGGUUCCAUUCCGGCUCUAUGUCGACGAAGGCUCGACAAUUGUGCUCCCCCCAAAGAACUUCGACAGAAGUACAAUCGAUUUUGAAGACCCCGAUGACAGACUAAUGGUAUGCAUGAUGCUGUCAACAAGGAAUAUGUCCCUCGCAUCAGAGCAUCCCAGCGGCGAUUUGGAGGAACAAGUUGACUUUAUUUCAGCUGCCGACGUCACGUAUUCCUGGCUUGUCGAUCAAGGUGCCAAGGGGCUCCAUCAAAUAGGCUACAAGUUAAUGUUCGUGGAUUAUGAUCUUCUGGAAGAUGACACGAUGCACAUACACUAA